CUGAAGUCAAGUGGACCCUGCAGGACUCCGGUGAUGCUGAAGUCGUGGUAGGCGACUAGAGACCUUGGACCACCUUUAUGGACAUUUGCACACCUUAUUGGCCCAUGUAGCGCGCACACCCGCGAGAGGAACAAGUGCCGUGCGCGCCCACAGAGGAUCGUCCAUGUUCGGCAUCCAGCGGAGCGGCGGGAGCCUGAAGGAGGAGCCGCUGGUCGGCAUGAACGCCGUCCGGGGCUGGAUGCAGGGCGGCGGCGUGCUGGACGCUCACACGGCCGCCCAAAGCGGAGUGGGUCUGGCCCGGGCCCACUUUGAGAAGCAGCCCCCCUCCAACUUGCGCAAGUCCAACUUCUUCCACUUUGUCCUGGCCUUGUACGACCGCCAUGGUCAACCUGUGGAGAUCGAGAGGACCACCUUUGUGGACUUCAUCGAGAAGGAUAAGGAGAGCAGCGGAGAGAAGACGAAUAAUGGCAUCCAUUACCGCCUGCAGCUGCUCUACAGUAACGGCCUCAGGACGGAGCAAGACUUUUUUGUGCGACUCAUCGACUCCAUGAGCAAACAGCCGAUCGUGUACGAGGGCCAGGACAAGAAUCCCGAGAUGUGUCGAGUUCUGCUCACACACGAGAUAAUGUGCAGUCGCUGCUGUGACAAGAAGAGUUGUGGGAAUCGCAACGAGACGCCGUCAGACCCAGUCAUCAUCGACAGGUUCUUCCUCAAGUUCUUCCUCAAGUGCAACCAGAACUGCCUGAAGAACGCUGGGAACCCGCGAGACAUGAGGAGGUUCCAGGUGGUGGCGUCGACCACCGUGAGCGUGGACGGACACGUCCUGUCCGUGUCCGACAACAUGUUCGUCCACAACAACUCCAAACAUGGCCGAAGGGCCCGCAGGCUCGACGCGGCCGAAGGAACGCCCUCGUACCUCGACAACGGAGCGGCGCCAUGCGUCAAAGCCGUCAGUCCCAGUGAAGGUUGGACCACAGGGGGCGCUACUGUCAUCAUCAUAGGAGACAACUUCUUUGACGGCCUUCAGGUCAUCUUUGGAACCAUGCUGGUGUGGAGCGAGCUGAUCACGCCGCACGCCAUCCGCGUGCAGACGCCACCCAGACACAUUCCCGGCGUGGUGGAAGUCACGCUGUCCUACAAGUCCAAGCAGUUCUGUAAAGGCACGCCAGGAAGGUUCAUAUACACAGCCCUCAACGAGCCAACCAUUGACUACGGCUUCCAAAGACUCCAGAAGGUCAUCCCUCGUCACCCGGGAGACCCUGAGAGACUGCCAAAGGAAGUGAUUCUGAAGCGAGCGGCCGACCUGGUGGAGGCACUUUACGCCCUCCCCCACGGCAACCAGGAGAUCAUCCUGAAGCGAGCGGCUGACAUCGCAGAAGCUCUCUACAGCGUUCCCAGAGGCCACGCCCAGCUUUCCGGCUCCGCCCACCCCGGGAUGAUGGCCGUCAACUCCUUCGCGGGGCAGCUGUCCGUCAACGUCUCGGAGGCGGCGCAGACCAAUCAGGCAGGCUUCGUGCGCAGCAGCAGCAGCGUGUCUCCUCACAGCUACGCCUCCAGCUCCACGCCGCAGCAGAGCGGCUACACGCCGGCGCCCGGCUACAACAUGACCAACCUGGGGGGCUCGCCCACCUUCCUCAACGGCUCCGCCGCCAACUCGCCUUACGCCAUCGUCCCGUCCAGUCCCGGCAUGGCGUCGACCACAUCGCUGCCGUCCAACUGCUCCUCCUCCUCCAGCGUCUUCUCCUUCUCUCCCGCCAACAUGGUGUCCGCCAAGCAGAAGUCGGCCUUCGCCCCCGUGGUCAGACCCUCGUCCUCCCCGCCGCCGCCGCCGUCCUGUACAGUCGACGACGGCAACGCGCUCCAAGAUCCAAACUUUGUGGACUCCAACAAGUUCUCAGGCCUGGUCUUCACCUGAAGUAUGCCCCCGCCCUUCUUGGCCCCGCCCACCCUCACCGAUUUGUUUGGCGUGUGCGUGCGUGUUUGACUCCCGCAGUCCUGGCGGAGGACUUGCCGCUUGAGGCGUCCGUAGGCCCCGCCCACAUGGAGACAGGAAGUUGUAUUAUUUUGGAGGGGUCGUCUUCCUCUUUGGUUUCCUGUCUUGUCUGUUGAUGGUGUCUGGUCGCUAACAGCUAAACUAAUCCAUCCCAUAAUGCCCCAUUUGGCCUCUGGGUUGAGCUUAUUGUCAUAUUGUGAGACUGGUGGUCAUGUGACAAAGCAGCCAGCCAAUCAGGGAUGAGAUGAUUUGGUUGAUUUGAGAUGUGAUUUCUUACCUUCUUUCUUUGUGAUGAGCGGCCAAUCAGGAUUGAGGCGGCCAAUGGGGUUUACUUGGAUUUCAAGUCGCGGCGCCCGCGUGCAUGUCGGCGUGAACCCCCGGUGACCUCUGCGUCAUCAAGGUCACGUCUCUUCCAAAUGCUUUUACUUUCGUUUGUCUUCUUUCGCAAGAUGCUUAUUUAUUUUUUUAAGUCGCAUUUGAUUCCUUUGUGUGUGUUUGUUGGGUCAUGUGACCACCGGCAGCCGUGACGAUGACGACGAUGAUGAAGAAACCACUGUACAGAACUUUUGUAUUGUUUUUCAACUUUUGGAUAUUUAAAUAAAAUUCUCCUGUCUGUCA